AUGGGCCCCUGUACCGCCUCCUCAUGCUGCUGCCAGGCCCGUAAUCUGCCAUGGGCCCCCGUACCGACUCCUCAUGCUGCUGCCAGGCCCGUAAUCUGUCAUGGGCCCCUGUACCGCCUCCUCAUGCUGCUGCCAGGUCCAGAGUGUGUCAUGGGUCCCUGUACGGCCUCCCAUUGCUGCUGUCUCCAUCGCCACACUCUGCCAUGUGCCACUUUCAGGUCUCCUCACACUGCUGGUGGGUUCCAUUUUGUCAUAGGGUGCUGUAUGGCCUCCCAUUGCUGCUGCCUCCACCGCCACACUGUGGCUCCACACUCUGGUUUUGGCCCCGUGACUGCCCAAAUGAGUGAAGUGUGUGCGGUGAUUCUAAGAUCGACGGCACUCAUCUGCAUGUCAUACUGACUGACAGUAUUAUUUCUCUUCCCCAGCAGACUCCAAGGGCAUUUAAAUUAAAGGUACAGUGUUCUGCACUAAUAUAA